UGCGCUUGGUUUGAAGACUGGUCCCGCCUGCAAGUGAGAACCCGCGGGUUUCCGCUGGCGGCGCGGGCUUCUGAAAGCAAAAGGAGGGACGCCUGAACGCCUCGCGAGGCCCAAGGAGCAGAGAGGAGGGAGUCAAAGGCGGGCCUGACGCCCACUCCGACCUCCAGGAGGAAGGGGAGCAGGCCGCGACCCGCGCUGAGGUGGCCGACUUUGAUCUGGGCCUCGAAGAGGGAGAGGCAAGUGAGGCAUUCCAGGAGAUUUCUGGGAAAUUAUGAGUUCUGUUCAAGCAUUGAAAGGCAAAAUGACCGAAGUGGAAAAGGAAUAUAUCAGUUGCCAGUGAGUUUGUGUUGCAAAGUUUUCUGCAAAAAUUCAAGAGAAUAUUUAUCGACUCGAUAAGCUACUAACUGACAGAAAUCUUACAUGGGAUACAAUUUACUUUCCCGUAACUUCUAAACCAAUGGAGAGAAAAUGGGAAGCAAGACUGAAGCAAAUUGAAGAACGAGCAUCUCGUUAUGAGAGGAAACCAUUGUCCUCAGUAUACAGACCAAGAUUGUCCAAGCCAGAAGAACCACCCUCCAUUUGGAAACUAUUCCUUCGGCAAACUCAGGCUUUUAAUUUUGUUAAAAGCUGUAAAGAGGAUGUUCAUGUAUUUGCUUUGGAAUACAAAGUGGGCAAUGGACAACGUAUUUACCUGGUGACAACCUAUGCUCAACUUUGGUUUUAUUAUAAAUCCCGAAAAAAUCUCUUACACUGCUAUGAAGUCAUUCCUGAAAAUGCUGUGUGCAAGCUUUAUUUUGAUUUGGAAUUUAACAAACUUGCCAAUCCAGAAGCUGAUGGGAAAAAGAUGGUUGCAUUACUCAUUGAGCAUGUUUGUAAAGCACUUCAAGAGCUAUACAGGGUUAAUUGUUCAGCCGAAGAUGUUUUCAACUUGGAUUCCAGCACUGAUGAAAAAUUUAGCCGCCAUCUAAUAUUUCAGCUCCAUGAUGUGGCAUUUAAAGAUAACAUUCAUGUUGGUAAUUUUGUGAGAAAAAUUUUGCAGCCUGCUUUUCACUUAAUUGCCAGUGAAGAUGAUAGUAUUUCAGAGAGCACGGGCCACGGAUUUUCCCAUUUUCCUGAAACGCCAAUUAAACAAGGAAUUUCCUUUAGCAAAAUGUCCUCAGAUAAAGAUAGAGGAGAGAGCCGGACACAGAAUUCAAAGGAAUGGGAGAGGCUGGGGUCAGCUGAGCAAAGCAGUCCUGACCUAUCAUUUUUAGUCGUGAAGAAUAAUGUAGGAGAAAAGCAUCUUUUUGUAGACCUCGGAGUUUAUACAAGAAAUAGAAACUUUCGGCUGUAUAAAUCAUCGAAGAUAGGAAAGCAGGUGGCUUUGGAGAUUGCUGAAGACAACAAAUUUUUUCCUAAACGGUCCAAGAAUAUUUCUGAAGAAAACCAGUAUUUCCUAUCUUCUUUGGUCAGCAAUGUCAGAUUCUCAGAUACUUUACGAAUUCUGACAUGUGACACAUCUCAGAAUAAACAGAAACGAGUUGACGAUUCUAACAGUACCAACACUAAAGCAGAAAACAUUGAAGGUUUUCACUGUUCACCCUACCCUGAAAUUGAUCAGUUCGUUCUUUCUUUGGUGAAUAAAAAUGGCAUUAAAGGAGGAAUUCGACAUUGGAGCUACUUUUUCCCAGAAGAAUUACUGGUUUAUGAUAUUUGUAAAUAUCGCUGGUGCGAAAACAUUGGAAGAGCCCACAAGAGCAAUAAUAUCAUGAUUUUGAUUGAUCUGAAAAAUGAAGUGUGGUAUCAGAAAUGUCAUGAUCCUGUAUGUAAAGCAGAAAACUUCAAAUCAGACUGUUUUCCAUUACCUGCUGAAGUUAGCCUCCUGUUUCUUUUCAAAGAGGAAGAAGAGUUCACAGCAGCUGAAACAAUGAACAGUGACACCAAGAGUCCUCAUAAGCCACCGUCGGGUCUGUUGUCAGAAGGUGCCGUUUCCGAUGCCGACUGGGACAAUGGCCUUGAUGAGACUGACUUUGUGGAAGCUACUGAAGAUGCUGAACUAGCCGCAGCUGUGGAGUGUGGUCUGCUCGGUUACUACAGCGGAGAUGGUGAAAUUCCUGAUGAACUAAUCAUGCGGGUAUUGCAAGAGUAGCUCUUACGUAACCGGCUGUGCUUUGGCCUGAAGACAGUAACCUGAACAUAUUAAGUUAUAGUAACUUGUUAUUAAAC